AGCUUGAACCAACAACACCGCGCUACUCUAUCCGAUACCACCGUUGCCGCUCAGUUGCGACUCUACGGAACCCCCUUCCAUGGUCGACACACCUUCACUAGGUGAAACAAACACGGCACGCUAUAUUUGACUUUAGUCAGUCUUUAGAGCGAUUAUAAUAACCAGCUGCAGUCGUCGCAAAUCGCAACUCGACGAAGACGCCCACGUAUCGACACCGUGAACAGGCGUAUUGGCGUGUCAGGUGAUAGUGCUGUGUCCGGAAAGUGUGCCAUGUAAAUUAACAGGUGAAUUCCGAUCGAAAAUCUUCCAAUAUCGAUUCUGAAGAAACGCGGCCGGCUAGUGUGCUCCAACCGCCGUCAUGCGCGCCUCCCUACUGGUCCUUCGACCGGGAUCAUUGUGAUUUUCUGUGCUAACAUGUUAUUUUUGUGAUAUGGCGGAGCCUAAGCCUCUUUAUUCAACAUGCGUGGCAGUACUAGGAUUCAUCUGCUUCAUCGUUGGCGCGACUGCUGUCUUCAUUCCGGUAUGGGGCCAUUUCGACACCGCUAACGGUAGUGGUAAUGAAGACAGUGGUUACUUUGGACCAUGGAAAACUUGUAAAAUAUUGAUGUACAAUAGAGAAAGAUGUGGCAGCAAUGUGUCCAAAUUUAGGCCAAAAGGAACUGUUUGGGUUGCAGGCUUACUAGCAUCUAUUGGAGUGGCAGUACUGGGAGUCUUCUGCCUGUUGAGUGUCUUGCAGCUAGCCAUGAUCAGUUCGAAAGAAAAAGUGGUCAUCAAAUACUCAUUGGCGGUAGUAUCGAAAGUUGUGACUGCUCUUGUUGCCACAUUGUUGGCUAUUGCUGCCGCUGGUCUCUUUGCCCUGCAGACAGAUGACAGAUCGACAAAUGGCUUUCAAAUAACGAGGGGAGUUUCGUUUUACAUCCUGAUCCUCUUCAUCGUAUUGGAUUCCAUCCUGUUUGGAAUGUCAAUCUAUGACAUGCUUUUUGCCAAGCGGAUAGGUGGUGAUCCUACAGAAGUUUCUGUGUCAUCACAGCCCACCACAUAUGGAAAUCCAGGAUUCAGAGAAAGGGGAUCCAAUGGAGGUGGGAUAUCAGUGACUGAUGCCAGUGGAAAACCUUACACUGGAGCCUCUAAUGGCAGUAUGGUGUCGAUGAACACAACAUCGACCACAUUAGGGUCAACCAAUGGCUCUACAGUUGGGUCUUCCAUAACAAGAUCACCGUUAAGGUCAAGUCUCAAAAAACCACGACCCAAACAAGAAGGUGGUCUAGGAAUACAAAAUCCAGGAUUCUCAGGAACCUCACCCACUAUGGGAAGAAACGGAAGUAUGAAGAAAGUUAGGAUACAAACACAAAGUACGGAAGUGUAGUAGCGGGAUAUAAGGACAACUUUGUUGUGAAAUGUGUUGUUGAACUUUUUCGAGAUAAGUUUUUGUUGAACAUUGAACUCAAAUAUGAACGAAAACUAUUCAAAACUUUUUUCUAGUUCAUGGUAUAAGUCAUAUGUAAUAUUGAAACAGAAAUAAUGAUUUCCUGAAUAUUAUCCUCAUUGGUGCUUUCAACAGAAAUUGUUCCGUCCACGAGAAAUUAUAGCAACGAUCUAGUUGCAUUGAUGUUUUAUGUUUUUCAUAUUUAUAUAUUUUAUUAGUCACUCCAAGAGUGUCAUCUUUAUUUAUGUUGAAGUCUUUUGCUGUUGAUUUUAAUGCAGUUUGGAAAUUUGUCCGUUCAAUUGAUCUUUGUUAUCACUCAAGAGAAAAAUUUGUAUUUGCAACGUGUGUUUAUUCAUUUGAUGGAUUUGAUGGAAUUUUUUAGUAAAAAUAAUUUUGAACUUUGCAUGAUAUACAUUUCGAUUAUGCCUCGAAGUAAAGAUGAAAAUUCGAUAUUAUCCAGGCAUUUGUCUUCUCAUUAUUGUGUAUUACACUAUAUGAUAGUUUCAUCCACAUAAGAAAGUGAUUCUCUCGAAUGAAUCCAUUAAAGAGUUGGACC